GACUACAGUUUUCCAAAGGUGAAUUUGCUACAACCAGAACUAUACAAACAGUACAGCAAGAAGCACUUCCGCAUUUUCAGAGGUGGUUAAUUGUCCUUUCUCCAAGGAACCUGGACCCAAAAACUCCCAUGUGGCUUAUAUUGAAGACCACAGUGCAAACGGGACCUACGUCAAUGGGGUAUGUCUUGGGAAGGGGAAGAAACUUCCCUUGACUAACUGUGCUGAAAUUGCUCUUCCCAUGGUUAAUAACAAAGUGUUCUUUUUUUCUGAUCUCAUGGUGGACAGUCAUCAGUCCGAGUAUCCCAAGGAACUCAGUGAGAAAUACAUCAUAUCCAGGAAGUUGGGAAGUGGUGCCUGUGGAGAGGUGAAGCUGGCAUUUGAACGGACCACCUGUCGCAAAGUUGCUAUAAAAAUAAUCAACAAGUCAAAGUUUACGACAGGUGCUUUGCCAGAAAUUCAGGAAAAACCUUUCAACGUGGAGACAGAAGUGGAAAUUUUGAAGAAAGUUAACCAUCCCUGCCUGAUAAAGAUCAUUGACUUCUUUGAAGGAGAAGAUUUUUACAUUGUGUUGGAAUUGAUGGAAGGGGGGGAGCUAUUCGAUAGGGUUCUCCACCCACCACGGCUAAGUGAAGCGACCUGCAAGUUUUAUUUCUAUCAGAUGCUGUUGGCUGUGCAGUACCUUCAUGAACGUGGAAUUAUUCAUCGGGAUUUGAAGCUGGAGAACGUGCUUUUAUCAUCUUCAGAGGAAAACUGCCUCAUAAAGAUCACAGAUUUUGGACAGUCCAAAAUUGUUGGGGAAACAUCUCUCAUGCAGACCUUAUGUGGUACCCCCAAUUAUCUUGCUCCUGAAGUUCUCAAUUCUGCUGGGACUGCUGGCUAUGGACGAUCCGUGGAUUGCUGGAGCUUAGGAGUGAUCCUCUUUAUGUGCCUCUCUGGUUAUCCACCCUUUUCGGAUCAAAAUUCUCGGCAAUCAUUGAGAGAACAGAUCACCCGGGGUGAAUUCUUCUAUUCUGCAGAAAAAUGGAAACACGUAUCAAAAGAGGCCUUUGACCUGGCACAGAAGUUGCUGACAGUGGAUAUUGGCAAACGACUCAGAAUAGAACAAGCCUUAGAGCAUCCCUGGCUUCAGGAUAAAAGUAUGAAGGACAGGUUUCAACAGCUGCUGAUGCAAACAAACGACUUGGUGACCAUACCUGAAGUUCCUGCUUUGCCAUCCACAAGCAAAAAACGGCACCGUGAAAAAGAAGAAUUGCCACCUCCUAAACGUGCUGUUCACACUCCAAGGUGAAGAAGUGGAGCAACUGCUUGGAUGGCUGCUGUACAUUUUUCUAAUGUUUUAUAAUAUAUUAAGCUUUUGCUAAUUGUAGUACGUCAAUCACUGAUGUAGAGAUUUGGUGAACUGUAGAAAAUUCCUGAUGUUCUCUGCUCUUUGGACAGACCGAAGCUUCUGUGGCUCUUACAAUUGUUUUGGAGUUCUGCUGUUUCUGAUUCCAUAUUUGCAUCCAAUAUCCAGAUGUUUAAGCACAAAUCUUCUAACUUAUUAAAAAGAUCUUUACCCUGAGGAAAGCCUUA